AUGUUUGCACAACGUAUGAUGGACCUUUCUGAAUACAGAAAGAAGUUUUAUUACUAUCUUGUUGCUAAAAUGAGUGACAUAGCACCAAAUUUGGCUUCAUUAAUUGGUGAAGUUGUUGGACCUCGUUUGAUAUCUCAUGCUGGAAGCCUCACAAAUCUUUCAAAAUGCCCUUCUUCUACACUUCAAACCCUUAGUGAUACUAUGAUGGAUAAUGUUGAAUUUGUGCUACAAAACUUUUCAGAAAUGAAUAAGCUUUGGGUUCGGAUGGAACUUCAUGUUUAUGCGUCUGUAUCUUUAUAUUUUUACUUUUACGUUGUGAACUGUGACAUGUGA